CUCUCAGAGGCACUGCACAUAGCAAUUCUGGCUUCCAUACUUUCCCUUACCAUUUACUGGCUCAUUAGAGACAGUCACGGAGUGAGAAACCUGAAUGGAAAGCAUGUGUUCGUGACAAGUGUUGAUAGUGGACUUGGAAUCACCGGUAAAUGGCUUGACUAAAGGCGAGUUUGUGUCAUUGUUGCAUGUGUCACAGAAAAAGGAGGCCAAGAGCUACAGUCCUGCUCCUUACUCCCACUGAAGACAGUGAACCUGAACUUAGCUGACCCCAACAGCUGUGGUGUUUGUGACCAAAAAGACAGCUGGCAAGACUUAGUGGCAAGUUGCUUGGUGAGCAAUGCUGAAGGAACGGCACUUGUAGAACCCACUGACUGGCUGGGGAUUGAAGACUUCCACUCAGUGCUGGAUGUUAGUCUGAUGGAAUUGAUAGAAAUUAUGCUCAAGCUUCUGCCACUUCUGGAAAAAGCUGAGGGAAGAAUAGCUAAUCCGAUGCCAAAGGCCUUAUGGGUUUUACUUUCUACUUACUUACGUUUAACGGUUAUGCUGCUAUUGAGCGGUCAGGAAUGGUCACUGGUGUUUGGGUUUUUUUCCUCUGUGAUAGAAAUGCAGUGUUUUGGAGUGAAAGUAAGCAUUGUUGAGCAUGGUUUCUUUAAGGCAGGAGUAGUUAAUUCAGAUGUCAUAAAAUGCAUGGCACAUGCCCUGAUAGCAAAGUACCCCAGGACACAAUACAGAGCGGAUGCAAAGCUCUUUUGGCUGUUUCUCUCCUAA